CAGAACACCUGUGAUCGUUGUGCAUGGCGGAGCGUGGGCCAUACCGGAUGAACUGUUCCAAGUGUCUGUUGAUGGUGUAAAGGCCGCAGCACGCAAUGGCUCCUCUGUGCUGAAAAAUGGAGGAAGUGCUCUGGAUGCUGUAGAAUCAGCUGUGAGGAGUAUGGAAGAUAAUGCUGUGUUUAAUGCAGGAUGUGGAGCAGCAUUAAACACUGCAGGAGAGGUGGAGCUGGAUGCCAUUAUUAUGGAUGGAAGAACACUUGGUGCUGGUGCCGUGGCUUCAGUGAAGAACAUUGCUAACCCUGUGUCACUGGCGCGGACAGUGAUGGAAAAGACUGACCACGUUAUAUUGACGGGUAAAGGUGCAAACUUGUUUGCGGAGAGCAUUGGUGUGGCCACCGAACCCACUGAUAAACUGGUGUCUGAGUUACAGAUGAAGCAAUGGAAGAAACACAAGAACUAUGCAGCUGGAGUAGUGGAAAAUUUUAAUUCUAAAUGGGCCCAUGAUACUGUUGGUGCUGUUGCUGUUGACUGUGCUGGUAACGUUGCAUGUGCCACAUCAACCGGAGGGAUCCAUCAGAAAAUGACUGGCCGAGUCGGUGAUUCUCCCAUCAUUGGCUGUGGAGGAUACGCAGACAACUUUCGCGGUGCAGUGUCUUGUACUGGCCACGGGGAGUCCAUUCUUAAAGUCACCCUGGCCAGUCGCAUUCUUUCACACAUGGACCGAGGUAAAUCAGUAGCAGAAGCUUCAGCAUUGUCUCUGUAGUACAUGGGAGAACGUGUUUGUGGUGCAGGAGGUGUCAUUGUCGUUUCUCCAUCAGGAGAGUGGGCGGCCACGUUCACCACCC